AUGUUUUUUUACGCAUGCCGAGCUCGAGCCAUUUGGGCGCCGGUACGCAGUGUCCGAUCUAAUCCAGUACUGGUCUCGCGACGUAUGCUGCGCGCUGCGCCCCAGGCAGGCGCGGGACCAUUGAUGGAGCGCAGAGCAGAUCGAGAGCUUCCAGAGCUUGAACAAGUAGGCCGGCGCUGGCUUAGCAGCGGUGCCAUAUUUGUCGCCCUUGUAGCUGCUUCUGGACUUGCUCUCUUCAACUAUCAGAAGAGCUCCUCAUCGGUCGUCGCUUCGACCCUCUUUGCUCUCCGUACUUCUGCCACAGCGCGUGCCGCUCUCGGCGAUGAAAUCUACUUUGCCCACUAUAUGCCUUGGAUCUGGGGCGAGAUCAAUCAAUUACACGGCCGUAUUAAUAUCCACUUCUCAGUGAAGGGAACCAAGAACUACGCUACAGUACGUUUCAAGAGUAUGAGGCCAACUCGCCAGGGCGUCUUUGAAACCAUAGAGUGGAGCCUUGAGAUGCCGACCGGUGAAAAACUUGAUUUACUCAAAGCCAGCCACGAGCCUCCUAUAAUCGUCGACCAGCACAAUCUUGCUGCUCGUGUGGUGAAUAAGGCUGCAUAA